AUAACCUAAAAAAAAAACCACAUUAACACCUCCACAAAAACUCUGAAAAACCCAUCGUCUCCUCUCUUCAAACCACCUCUUUCUUCUUUCACAGCGCCACCACCACCACCUCCGUCCAUGGCGGAAGAAGCGAAAGCGAAAGGAAACGCCGCUUUCUCAAGCGGCAAUUUCACAGAAGCAAUCAAGUGUUUCACACAAGCAAUCGAAUUAGCACCAACAAAUCAUGUCUUAUACUCAAACAGAUCAGCAGCAUACGCAUCGCUUCAUCAAUACGCCGAAGCUUUAACAGAUGCUGAGAAAACUGUUGAAAUUAAACCAGAUUGGAGUAAAGGGUAUAGCAGAUUAGGUGCUGCUCAAAUUGGUUUGGGUAAUUUUGAUGAAGCUAUUUCAGCUUAUAAGAAAGGUUUAGAAAUUGAUCCAAACAAUGAAGGUUUGAAAUCUGGUUUAUCUGAUGCACAAGCUUCUGCUACGUCUAAAUCGAGAUCGAGUUCGAAUCCGUUUGGUAAGAUUUUUGAUAGACCUGAUUUAUGGGCUAAGUUGAUGGCUGAUCCAUCAACGAGGAUGUAUUUGCAACAGCCUGAUUUUGUUCAGAUGAUACAGAAUAUUCAGAAGAAUCCUGAUAUGGUGAAUUUGUAUAUGAAUGAUCAAAGAAUGAUGGCUGUUCUUGGGGUUUUGUUGAAUAUUAAUAUGAGAACGGCUAACCCUGAUGAGAUGAUGGAGAAGGAUGGUGAUAUGGGAUUUAAGGCUGCUGAGUCCGAGUCCAAGAUUCUGCCUGAGAGGAAGCAGCCGCCGCCUCCAAAACCAAAACAGAAGGAGCCUGAGCCGGAGUCCAUGGAUAUUCCUGAUGAGGAGAAAGAAGCUAUGGAGAAGAAAAAAGAGUCCUUGAAAGAGAAGGAACUCGGUACUGCUGCUUAUAAGAAGAAAGAUUUUGAGACUGCUGUUGAGCAUUACACAAGAGCUAUGGAGCUUAAUGAUGAAGAUAUUUCUUUUAUUACCAAUAGAGCUGCUGUGUACUUGGAGAUGGGCAAGUAUGAAGAAUGCAUCAAGGAUUGUGACAGAGCUGUUGAGAGAGGAAGGGAACUCCGCUCUGACUAUAAGAUGAUUGCAAGGGCGUUGACUAGGAAGGGGGCUGCUUUUGUGAAGAUGGCAAAAACCUCACAGGACUAUGCUCCAGCAAUUGAGGCUUUCCAGAAAGCUCUUACUGAGCAUCGCAAUCCUGAUACACUGAAAAAGCUUAAUGAGGCCGAGAAAGCCAAGAAGGAUUUGGAGCAGCAAGAAUAUUUUGACCCUAAGUUAGCUGAUGAAGAGCGUGAAAAAGGUAAUGACUUUUUCAAGCAGCAAAAGUACCCCGAGGCUGUAAGUCACUAUACAGAAGCCUUGAGAAGGAAUCCCAAAGACCCAAAGGUAUAUAGCAACAGAGCAGCAUGUUACACCAAGCUAGGAGCCCUACCCGAGGGUCUGAAGGAUGCGGAAAAGUGCAUUGAACUUGAUCCAACAUUCCCCAAGGGUUACACCAGGAAAGGAGCAAUCCAGUUCUUCAUGAAGGAAUAUGACAAAGCACUAGAGACAUACCAAGAAGGACUAAAACAUGACCAAAAUAACCAGGAAUUGAUGGAUGGUGUAAGAAGAUGUGUGGCACAAAUUAACAAAACGAACCGCGGUGAUAUCAGUGCUGAUGAUUUGAAGGAGAGACAGGCCAAGGCUAUGCAGGAUCCAGAGAUCCAGAACAUUCUAUCUGAUCCAGUCAUGAGACAGGUGCUGAGUGACUUCCAAGAGAACCCUAAUGCUGCACAAAGUCAUCUGAAGAGCCCUGAGGUCAUGGAAAAGAUCCAGAAGCUGGUCAGUGCAGGGAUCGUUCAGAUCAAGUAAGUGGACAGAAAUGGAAAAGGGGUGGCGACGAAGAUCACAGAAGUAGAAAUGAUAGUGAAUUUACUUUAAAUUGGACAUGUAGGGUUUCAGAUUUGUGUGCUUUUUUUCUCUUCUUCUUCCUAGCAAUUACUGUAAUAUCCAUUGGUAAUACCUGGGGAGUGGAGUCCUGAUUUGAUUUUGAUUUAAUGUCUUUCUUUGCUCCCUUCUUUGGUUGCGAAUUUUAAUUUGUUGUUAGUUUUAUCAUAUCUCAACUUGAACUUUCUUCUGCUCA